UGGGGUGAUGACUGAUGACUGAUGAAAAUAGCCAUGAUCUUUCUUUCUUUCUGCACUUCUUCUCACUCUGUCAUAAAAUAAAAUAAAAUAACCAUUAAAGGGUUGCGAUUGCAUCUCCUCCCAUCAGGCAACCCAUACCCAUCUCUCUUUCGUUCUUUGUUGUUUUCUCUUUACUCCCUCUGCAGCUCUGCUAUGAUCUGGUAGGAGUAAAGAGACCCAGUUUUGUUCCGUUAAUGUUUUUUGUAACAAGAGUACUUGUCUUUUGAAUAUUCUAGAUUUCUUUGUAACAAGAGUACUUGUUGCUCGUCGUUGCCAGUCGUCUACAUUCUACAUCAGUUUGUUUCUCAGAGUUUAGCUGCCAAGAUGUUUACGGCGCAACCGCCACGCCACUUCAACUCUACUAUCACUACUUCUUCGGCACCCCGAUCACUUGCAGCGGUGAUCGCCGGCACCAGGAAGCAUGGAAGUAUCAGAAGGACCCCGAGACCCGAACUCGGUACAAGGGCCACCGGGAUUCGCUCAAUUCGGGCUGUGAUCAGCAGCGAAGACAAGGCUGUGGGCACUGCCACACCACCGUCUACGGACUCUAAUGGGUCAUUAAGGUCGUCGUCGUCGUCUGUUAUAGAUGUAAGGGCCGCGAUCACAAUUAGGAAGAAGAUGAAGGAGGGGUUGGUUGACAAGAUUGCUGAUCGAUGGGAGUCUUUCAUGAAUGGAAUUGGUCAGGGGAUCAUAAUCCAGAUGGUCAGCGAGGAAAUCGAUCCCGAGACCAAUUCAGGCAAGAUUGUAGAAUCACCUGCAAGAGGAUGGUUGCCAAAACCAUCAAACCGUUCAUAUAUUCUCGAAUAUGCUGCCAAUUUCACUGUGCCUUCCGACUUUGGUUGUCCUGGGGCUGUUCUCAUCACUAAUCUUCAUGCAAAGGAGUUCUACUUGAUGGAGAUUGUGAUACAUGGUUUCAGUGAAGGCCCCAUUUUCUUUCCUGCAAAUUCAUGGAUCCACUCACAGAAGGAUAACCCUGAGAGCAGAAUAAUUUUUAGAAAUCAGGCAUAUUUACCCUCACAAACACCAGCUGGUCUUAAGGAUCUUAGAUGUCAAGAUUUACUGAGCAUAAGGGGGAAUGGGAAAGGUGAGAGGAAGCCCUUUGAAAGAAUUUUUGAUUAUGCUCCUUAUAAUGACUUGGGCAAUCCAGACAAGGAUGAAGAUCUUGCCAGGCCAGUUCUGGCUGGUGAGGAGAGACCCUAUCCUAGGCGUUGUCGCACUGGAAGACCCCCGACCAAGUCAGAUCCUUAUUCUGAGAGUAGAAUUGAAAAGCCUUAUCCAGUUUAUGUUCCUCGGGAUGAAACUUUUGAAGAGAUUAAGGAGGCAACUUUCUCUGCUGGAAGGCUUAAAGCCCUGUUUCACAAUUUGAUACCAUCUCUUGCUGCCACUUUGUCAAGCUCAGACAACCCCUUCAAGUGUUUUUCUGACAUUGAUAAGUUAUAUAAUGAUGGUGUGCUCUUGAAGCAUGAAGAUGGAAAAGGCGUCCUUGAGAACCUGUUGUUGGCAAUGUUGAUGAAAAAGGUUUUGAGUGCUGGUACAGUGUUAUUGAAAUAUGAAAUUCCAGCUAUAGUUUCACGAGAUAGAUUUGCAUGGCUUCGUGACAAUGAGUUUGCACGUCAGACUUUGGCUGGUGUUAAUCCAGUAAACAUCGAAAGACUGAAGGAAUUCCCUAUUCUCAGUAAAUUGGACCCUGCAGUAUAUGGACCUCCAGAGUCAGCAAUAACAAAAGAACUGAUUGAGCAGGAACUAAAUGGAAUGAGUAUUGAAGAGGCAAUUGAAAACAACGGAUUGUUUAUACUUGACUACCAUGACAUGCUCUUGCCUUUUAUUAAAAAGAUGAAUUCCUUGCCAGGAAGGAAAGCUUAUGCCUCUAGAACUGUUUUUUUCUACAACAAAGCUGGCAUUCUGCGGCCUAUUGCUAUCGAGCUUUCUCUUCCUCCAACACAAUCCAAGCCUCAAAAUAAGCAUGUUUACACUCAUGGACAUGAUGCAACAACCACCUGGGUUUGGAAGUUGGCCAAAGCUCACGUGUGCUCAAAUGAUGCCGGUGUUCAUCAGCUAGUGAACCACUGGUUGAGGACUCAUGCUAGUAUGGAGCCUUAUAUUAUUGCUACUCAUAGGCAUCUUAGUACAAUGCACCCAAUUUACAAGCUGCUGCACCCACAUAUGCGAUACACAUUAGAAAUUAAUGCAUUGGCGAGGCAAAGCUUAAUAAAUGGAGGGGGGAUUAUUGAGGCUUGUUUCAGCCCAGGAAAGUAUGCCAUGGAAAUCAGCUCAGCAGCCUAUAAGAGUAUGUGGAGAUUUGACAUGGAGGCAUUACCAGCUGAUUUGAUUCGGAGGGGCAUGGCAGUAGAAGAUCCUUCUAUGCCGUGUGGCAUUAGACUAGUGAUUGAGGAUUACCCUUAUGCUGCAGAUGGGCUUCUCAUAUGGUCUGCCAUAAAUGAAUGGGUAGAAGUAUAUGUUUCUCAUUUCUAUUCUGAACCUGGUAGCGUCUCCUCUGAUGUGGAACUCCAAGCUUGGUGGAAUGAGAUCAAGAAUGAAGGUCAUCAUGACAAACGGAAUGAACCAUGGUGGCCUAAACUGAACACCAAUGUAGACUUAUCUGGCAUACUGACCACAAUGAUUUGGACUGCUUCAGGACAGCACGCGGCUAUAAACUUUGGCCAGUACCCCUUUGGAGGGUAUGUGCCCAACCGUCCUACCCUCGUGAGGAAACUAAUUCCACAGGAAAACGAACCUGAUUAUGAGAAGUUCCUUCAAAAGCCUGAGCAAACUUUUCUAUCAUCUCUCCCAACCCAACUCCAGGCCACGAAGGUGAUGGCUGUCCAAGACACCUUGUCGACCCACUCCCCGGAUGAAGAGUACUUAGGUCAGGUGCACCAGUUGCAUUCCCACUGGAUAAAUGAUCUCCAUAUCCUAAAUUUGUUCAAGAAAUUUGCAUCCAAAUUGGAGGACAUAGAAGAAACAAUAAACGCAAGGAAUAAAGAUACACGUCUAAAGAACAGAAGUGGUGCUGGUGUUCCUCCAUAUGAACUGCUUCUUCCCACUUCGGGUCCUGGAGUUACUGGCCGUGGGAUUCCAAAUAGCAUUUCUAUAUGAUGGUUCAGCUUAUUUGCGCCAUUGUGACCGACUUUUCAUUUUCGUCAGCCAUAACUGCUGCACAUAAUUGGCUUUUGUUCGAGGCUUGUUAUCUUUAAGCAAAUUCUUCCCACGUUUCUUCCUGAUGUUUAAUAUUCGGAUUGGGAAAUGGAAUAUACUCGUCUCAGUUCUCGGCAUUGUAAUUUGGCUUUGCGGGCUCACUCAGUGUAAGUUGGAUUAUAGAUGAUGAAUUGAAGAUGGGUUUAGUUAAAUCUUAAAAGAUUAGAUUUUGUCAUUUUCCUAGUGUUCUCCUAUCAAUCAGAAUCAAAAAACAAAUUGAAGGUAAAGGAACAAGAAUAUGUGUUCAGGUGAUUCA